AUCUGAGCCACCCACCGGCGGCACGUCCGUGCCCGCGGGGUCGCCAUGACCUGGAGCGCCACGGUCCGGGGCGCCCAGCAGCCCGACAACACCGCAUUCAAGCAGCAGCGCCUCCCGGCCUGGCAGCCGCUGCUGUCGGCAGGCAUCACGCUGCCGCUCUUCUUCUGCGCGGGCCUGGCCUUCAUCGGCCUGGGCCUGGGCCUCUACUACUCCUCCUACGGCAUCAAGGAGCUCGAGUACGACUACACGGGCAACCCCGGCACCGGCAACUGCUCGCGGUGCGGCGUGGCGGACCAGGACCGCGCGCCGCCGCCCAGCUGCUCGUGCGCCUGGUACUUCUCCCUGCCCGAGCUCUUUCAAGGCCCCGUGUACGUCUACUACGAGCUCACCAACUUUUUCCAGAACAACCGGCGAUACGGCGUGUCCCGCGACGACGCGCAGCUGAGCGGGCUGCCCAGCGCCCUGCGCCACCCGGUCAAUGAGUGCGCCCCCUACCAGCGCAGCUCGGCCGGCCUGCCCAUCGCGCCCUGCGGUGCCAUCGCCAACAGCCUCUUCAACGACACCUUCUCACUGUGGCACCAGCGCCGGCCUGGCGGGCCCUACGUCGAGGUGCCGCUCGAUCGCACAGGCAUCGCCUGGUGGACCGACUACCACGUCAAGUUCCACAACCCGCCGCUGGUGAACGGCAGCCUGGCGCUGGCCUUCCAGGGCACCGCGCGCCCGCCCAACUGGCCCCGGCCGGUCUACGAGCUCAGCCCCGACCCCAACAACACCGGCUUCAUCAACCAGGACUUCGUGGUGUGGAUGCGCACGGCGGCGCUGCCCACUUUCCGCAAGCUGUACGCGCGCAUCCGCCAGGGCAACUACUCCGCGGGGCUGCCGCGCGGCGAGUACCGCGUCAACAUCACCUACAACUACCCCGUGCGCGCCUUCGGCGGCCACAAGCUCAUCAUCUUCAGCAGCAUCUCGUGGAUGGGUGGCAAGAACCCCUUCCUGGGCAUCGCCUACCUGGUCGUAGGGUCCCUCUGCAUCCUCGCGGGCUUUGUCAUGCUGGUCGUCUACAUUCGCUACCAGGACCAGAAUGACAAGGAUGAGGACCAGGAGUGAUUCCUGCUUUCAGAGCAUCCAUCCUGCUUCUUGCCAAAACUCUUGCAAGCUUCUUUUGACUUCUCCCCCUCGCCCCUCACCCAAUUCCAACCUAGCCUCACUUUUCCUCUUAUUGUGGGCGAGGGAACCAGAGAGAGUCAUUACACCCCUUUGGGGGCUACCAGACUCUUGCCAGGAUGUUUGGACUGCAGAGUGACAACCUUGCAAAAUCUCUCCAUCUCCUUCACGAUUUACCAAGUUGACACGUUAUAAGGUCCCUAGUAUUUGAAAGUCCUUUUCAUCUGUUUAAUGACGAGACAGACCUAGAGAUGUUAAAUAACUCAUUCAAGAUCAAGCAGCUACUACUCCUUGG